CCAUUAAAGAUUUUUAUAAAAAAAAAAAAAAAAAUGAAAGGAAGAAGGAAAGUAAGAAGAGCUUUGCAUCAAAAUCGAAUGCUUGAUGCCAGAAACGCAUUUCCCGGAAAAUGAGAGUUUCUGAUGGAAAGACAAUUCCGGGAAAUUUCAAUUUCUCAGAAAAAAGCUCUAAGGAUUAGAUUAAAGAAAAAUCCGAAUAUUCAGGUCUCCCAAAAGCCCAAAAGGGGCAAAUGAACAUUCACAGAUCACGACCUACAGUUUGAUCAAACUCUCUCUAGAUUAUUUUUACUUUUUUCUUUCUCAGAAUUUUUGAAUACUUUGUAUAUUAUAUAUAUAUAUAUAUUCAUAUAUGUUUAGAUUGUGGAAAUGGUAUCAGAACUCCUUGGCUGUUCAUCCAGUUAAGACACAGGUCAUCAGCUCGAGUUUGAUAUGGGGUUUUGGUGAUAUAGCAGCCCAGACCAUCACUCAAUCAACGGCCAAGACAAGCCUUCAGAUUCAGGAUGAAGAUAAAGAAUUCAAAAUCAACUGGAAACGAGUGGCUACAACUAGCUUUUUUGGGUUGGGAUUUGUUGGGCCAGUUGGGCACUUUUGGUAUGAAGGUUUGGACCGAAUUAUAAGGUUGCGACUUCGAUUGCGACCAAAGUCAUUUCGGUUUGUUGCUACUAAAGUUGCAGUGGAUGGGUUCCUAUUUGGGCCCUUGGAUUUACUUGUGUUCUUCACUUACAUGGGUUUUUCCACUGGAAAAAGUGUUCCGCAAAUUAAGGAAGAUGUAAAAAGGGACUUUCUUCCUGCCUUUCUUCUGGAAGGAGGAGUAUGGCCAGUUCUUCAAGUAGUGAAUUUCCGAUUUGUACCCGUGAGGUAUCAGCUCCUGUAUGUAAACUUCUUCUGCAUAUUAGAUAGCUGCUUAUUGUCAUGGAUAGAGCAGCAAGAAGAUGCUCAAUGGAAGCAAUGGGUGAAGUCUUUUCUACCAUUAAAGGAAAGAAAAGGUCAAAAAGAUGGCUGAAACAACUACAGCUACUUAUCACCGUUUAUUUGUGGCUUUGCUGAUCAUAGUGGAAAAAAAUAUGUCAGGAAAAGAGUGCAGUUCCUAGAGAACUUCCUAAAUUGCUAGCUUAGAUUUUUGAAGUUGGGAUUUGGGAAAGUGAUGAAAUUGCUCUCCAACUUGAUCCAGUUUUCACUUGAGAGACAAGGAAGUUGAUAUUGAUUGUCAUUCACUUGGCAGUUUUUGUCAACAUAUUUUCUUUGCUGAAAUCAAACAAAGUUCAAUUAAAGUUUGCCAUCUGUUUCACUUUGUAUA